CGGGAUUCCCCGGGAAUCGGGUCUUUCCGGGUCUGCGACACGGUUUUCCCUUACUCGGUUCACUUUGGCGCCCGUGCUGUAGUCGACAACGCGACGCCGACACUCACGGACUAGCUCGCUCGUUCUCUCGCAACAGGUGACGGAAUCUCGACUGACCGGGUUUAAAAGGCGAGAGAUCUUCGACGAGGAGCACCGAGUAUAGCGGCUGCGACCUCUUUUCGCGUGUAGACGAUCUCGUGGGAUCCCCGAAGGAACAGGGUGGGAAGGGAUACGCCAAAGGGGUUGCAAGGAGUCGUCAAAAUGAGUGUCGAGGACGCCAUCAAUUACUCGCCCAGCGAGGACGAAGACUAUUACGCUCUAUUGUCCUGCGACGAGUCUUCCACGGUCGAGCAAAUUACGGCGGAGUAUAAGGUAUUAGCUCUUCAGUAUCAUCCGGACAAGAACGACGGUGACAAGGAGGCCGAAAAGAAAUUUCAACAACUAAAGUACGCAAAAGAGGUUUUAUGCGAUCCCGAAAAGAGGACCAAUUACGAUAAAUGGCGGAAUAGUGGUAUCAAGAUCAGUUACAAACAAUGGCUCGGCAUGAAGGAGCAUGUGCAGCAGACCAUGCACUGGAGCACGCCGAAGACAAAGGACAGAAUGCUGCCGGAUACGACCGAAGAGGCAGGUGGUUCACCAGCUCACCUCAAAGGUCAUCCUACAAAUGCGCACAGGAGGGCUUCGGAGGGUGGUGCCACGAAUCUCUACUACCGUUCGGGCCACGGCGUCCCAUUCUACCAGGAGUCCAACGAGGUCGUCAGUAAGUUUCGCAAUUACGAAAUUUAAAAGGUCCCCAGCGUAAUUCUCACCGGAAUCGACUCCAUUGUACCGGAUGCCCUUAUGACAACAGGAACAUGUUGCAUUAGACAAAUAUCUACCACCUGUAUAUGAGUGUACGGGGCGUUGGUCGAGUCGCAUUGGCGUGUACAGCACAUUCGCGUACUUCGUAAAAUGGCGAGGUGAGAGAGAGAGACGCGUGAAUUUCAUCGCUCGCCGUCGAGCAAUUUGUUAUGUUUUCUACCUUCCCGUUUACAUGCAACUUCGCAUCAAGAGACCUUUAUUGUUUGCGUCACCACGUAUUAAGUUGCGGACGUGACGGUCUAUCAUCGAUGUAGCUUCGACAAAACGAUUGAACGAUCGUAUAUAUUUCUUCGAAAAAACUUCGCGUAAUAAACGUUUGUAUUGAUGUUCUCCAUCUUGGAAAAGCGCUUCGUCGUUUAUUUCUUCAUCGUUCACGAUGCAUGUCAAUUCGAUUCAACAAACCGCCCUGGAACACGUGUACGUGCUCGCGAUCGCGCGCACGUAUAUGUCGCCUUCAGAUUUAUAUUUUGUUAUACUAUACUAAGCACGACGAGAGGAAAUGGAUCGAGGAACGCGGGAAGAGGACGUUUGAUAUUAUUUUAAACUCCCUUUCUGAAGUCUCCCGAUUAAACGUCCGACUGACCGGUUGGAAAUAAUGUGUAAGUCGAGUCUCUCUCGAUCGCGCAUUCUAUGUGUGUCUCUUGAUCUUACGAGAUGUUUAGCGACAGAAGUUAAACGGUGUAGUGUCAAGGACAGUAUAGUUUUAUCUGUGAUCCCGCGAAUGAAUUUUCCACUAGUGGUUAACUGGUCGUUUCAAUCGUAAACACAUUGGUAGGAAAUACUUGAGCGUCUGCUAAAGGAAAGACUGCUUUUCGUGAAUCCACGGACGGAAUUUCAUCGUCAUGAUUAUCGGCAAUUCAAGUAUUAAUCAAUGUAUAAUUGGUUUUCAUCGCAAGAUUAAAUAGGCGACUCCCGUCGCUUACGAUGGGAGUAACUUACGCUUCGUCGACUUUAAAGACAUCGACUUUAAAUGUCGUGUAUGCACAGUGCGGUUACAAAAUUGGACGACGGAAUUGCAAAACGACUGAAUCGAAAUCCCGGACCACAAACGUUGCAAACGUCGAGUUUUCACUAGAUAUGAUGUUUUAAAUGAAAAGACGUAACUAAAUAUAUAGCUCUCUAUCAGAAUGUAAGAUAAAGAUAUAAAAAAGUAGAGUAGUUUAUAUUAAAAUGUUAUAUCUAAAAUGUAAUGUCUAUAUUAUUAUAUAUUUUGUCGAAAUAAGUGUUGCUAUCGAGAUUUUGUGAAGCUGUCCUAGGCAUUGACGUUUUCAACGUUUCUCUCCGAGGACUUAUUCGAUCGACUAUUAUCGCUACGACACCAAUUCAGGGAUUCAAUUCCACGGAACGUUGGGUUAACGUUUUGCGGAAAAGCUUAAGUAUUUCUUUCCAUAAUGGAGCAGAUCGACGAUGGCGCACUUGUACCUGUGUCCGAUGUCAAACGCAAAAUACGUCAUUCACCUCCGACGACAAUUACGACGACGGCUCUCCUCCGUUUUGUUAAAUAACGACACGCGCGUGCCAAUUAGCCGCGUUUUGCUUCUCUAAAACCGGGAGUUGAAACCGGCGCGCGGUUACGGCGACUCACUUUUCGACGCUCUGUAAGAGUACAAAAGAAUCUUACGUCAUUCUGAGUAAGGAGAAAGUUAUUUUCGUGUGCGUUUGCAGCGUCGAGGCGUGAACUUGCCUGAAAUUAUUUCGGUUUGAACCUCCGGGUAAAACAAUAACAUUCUCGAUAGAUUUUCGACGAAAUAAUUUUUCCGCAUCGCACUUUUGCAUUCCGACGCAUAUUCGCGUUUUCUCUAUACAUUCGAUGCAGCAGUCGAAACAAUUCGUCGGUGAAUUGCGUUUGGCAUAUAAUUGAGAAUGCCUAUUUAUAACCGAUAAUUAAUAAUAACUUAGUGACAGUUAAUCCUGGAUGUGUCGAUGUGUAAUCUUACAAUAAUGCGAUAAGCGUUCUUCUCUUGGGGAGCUCAUCUCUCGUUUAAAUACAUUAACGGCGUCAUACCCUCCAUUUCCUCACUAGGUAUUUCCCAAUCGAACGCUUUGUAUCUAAAUAUCCACGCAGCACGAAUCAGAGCUGUGUUCGACAGUUUGACAUCGUUAAAUUUUGGAAAAUGAAACCCAAAGCUAAAAAGAAAUAACGACAUUAAAUCAACUGAAUAAUAUACGGACGGGAAUAUCUAGAUAUAAUGUGUUCUAUCCGGAAAUAAUUAAAUGAAACUGCAAGACGUUAAUGACGUCGAGUAUCUACGUCUUGCCUGAAUCGAUCGAUCUUCCAUCCCACGAAAAUAAUGUGAUCUCCCGCAUCCUUCGUCAAAGUCCAAAACAUAUCACGACAGGUCCAUUUCGUCUUCCCGCUUUGUCUUUGAAUUUCGACACGGAGAAACUCGACAAAGGUUUAUCUUAUCUAUGCGAAGAUAUAGAAGGAUGUAAGCGGAGUAGUAAUUGAAGCCGUUGGGUAAAUCGAGGGCCAAUGGUUAAUAAACGGCUAUUAAAUGCCAAUGGAGAGAGGCAAAAUCAAUAUUACCAACGAGUCCAAUGACAUUUUUCCAUCUUAAUUUUAGACUAUCAGGUUAACUCUUUUUUUUUUUAAGGGGAUACAUUCUUUUGACGGCAAGGAUAUAUACGUCGUUACGGUAAUGUAAUUAUAAACUUUUUUUCUACAAGUUCUCUCCGGAUGAGUGAAAUAACGCAGUGAUUUUUUUUCUUGGUGAUAAAAUUAAAUUAUCGAAAAGUCAGGUAAGGUUUUCAAUUUCCCUACUUGAUCCUAAAUGUUACGAUUCGCGGAGGGGUCCGUGCUUAACUGCAAUUAUUAAUGUCACGAAUACGCAGAGCCAAUAAGGAAGCAAGUCAGGUCGUUAAUUGUUUAUCUUGUCAUAGUAUCGAAUUACUGAUUGAUUGUUUGAAAGAGAAUACUUUUAGAAUCGAGAAAUAGAAAAGGAAUCGCAAAAUAGUAAAAGAAGUAGAAGAAGUAAAUAAACAAAACCAAAAAGGCUAGAGGAAAAGAAGAGAAAAAGAGUGGUGGGAAGAAAAAUAUAAAAUUGUGUGACUCACAUAUGGAACGGACACUUUUCGAGAUAUCGCGGACUCGAAAGCCCUCGGCUUUCUUUCACUAUCGCUUCCAUUCCUCUUUCAGUUUUCUCAGACUCUUUGUUGGGAGACCUAAGAAAAUAUCUUGCUGCUCGACUUGUCUCCCUAUCGGCUCUGUGCAAGCCUGACGUUAGUGCGCGGUCAAUCGAAUUAGUGGAACAUAAGCGUUCGCUGGCGCUUCGUGAGAUUCGCCGCGCGAUCGAUCCUUCUCUGGAAUUGCGAGACGGCGGACGCGCGGCUAAAUUUAAUGACAUAUCCGCGACAAGUGAAUCGCAAGUCUGAUUACGUUACAGAAUACAGACCGACGCUGUCGAAUCCAUCGUACAUCUGAAUUCAUCUAGUUGAAAUAAUGAAAAGGUAUUUUCCAAUUUCUCAAUUUUCACAGAUUUAACCGUCUCGAGAGCGAGACUGUGCAAAGGAUUAUGUAUAUUGUAGUUUCCACUUAUUCUUUAAAUGCACUUAUAUAUAUAUUGUUUAUACGAAAUAUGAAUAUAAUAUAAAUUUAAAUUAAUAGCCCCUCCGCGGUAAUUUGCCGUAAUGACUGACGAUAUAAAAGAAAUAUUUAAUGUGGACUUUUAAUAUCUCCAAUGGUCUUUCAUAUUUUUUACACAUAUUGGGAACGGUGUUUGUCAGGAGAUUCCCUCGCGACGAAAUUGAGAUUGAAGCUUUAUCUGAAUAAAAGGAUAAAAAUUGGAUAAAAGUUGGAUGAGCAAGUCAAAAAAGUUUUAAUCUCGCCGCGACAGCGACCAACUUUAGAUUAGGUAAAACGGCACCGGGCAACGGCGCCGUUUCGUAAAAUUCCUCCAGUCUAGUUCGACUCCUUUAAGCUCUGAAGAAUGUAGCAACUAGGUCGAUCAGUCGUAAAAAUAAAUGAGGAAACAAAAAGUGUAGAGAUCGAAUCUUGCCUUGUGGCAUUGGCAAUGACAUGUCUCUGUGUUAGAGGAAAGUAGGAAAUAUUAAUAUUUAUUGGAAAAUAUUAGCAUAAUUUCGCGCGUACGCGCGCACGGCAGAGAAUAAUAUUUAAAUCCGUAACUCGCGACUCGGUCGUUAUUCCCUCAUUUAUUAAACGAACGAGAUUGAUUACGAGCACGUUGGAAGUAACGUUGAUCAAAAUGGAUGAAGAGAUCGUUGGUAUCCAAUCCUAGCAAUCUUUUAAUACUAUUAUGUUAUAAGGAAAGUUCCGCGAUGACGGAAAGAUUGCAGGGAGCUUCCGCGUGCGCUCUUGAGAAGUUUUCCAUUUUCUAAUACAAGACGAGAAAUGGUGCGGCCGACCGUGGCCGCUGCUGUCGAAAGUCUAUUGGACCACCCUGUACAUGUAUAUCUAUAUCUAUAUUUUUCUAGACGGGCCCGUGGAUUUUGGCCUGCGAAACGUUGUUUACAUGACUAUAUCAUACAUACCUAUUUGUCGUUUACGAUUGACCUGUCGCAAACGGCUGAGGGAAAGGUCGAAGUCUGUUCAAACGCCUAUCAGUAUGAUGCUCACGAUCGAAGAAUCCGAUACGUCCCUUUUACGUUACUACACGUGCGUUUACGACACCGUCAUUGGAUAUAAGACGGAACUUUUCCCUUAAGAGGAAAAUAAGAGGAAAAGUUUAUCCUUCUCUGGAGGAUUUUACGAUCAAUUGAAGAUUUGAAUUUCAAACCAUGUGCCAAUUCUAACACAGACAAUUAUUUACAAUCGGGUAUAUUUUUAUCUAAGUAUGUGACAGAAUUUUACAUUAUAUUAAAGAAUACCAAACUUUCGCUUCGUAUUAUAUAACUCAUGAGGAAAAUCCCCAUAUCACAUGUGCGCAUAUAAUCACUUAUUAUAAUUUUCUUAAAGAAUUCUGGAAAAUUUAUGAUUUUCCAGAAUUUUUGGAGUUAGAGUGAUUUAAAAUUAAAAAUUUCCAGUUGAAUAAAAAAAUUUAAAAACAAAAAUUAUAUUGGAUGUUGUUCUUUUCAGUUUUUGACAUCUUUUAACAAAUGUUUAAAGUUGAAGGCAUGUUGUACAUAAUGUACAUCAAGUUGUUGAAAAUUUUCCUUGCUUUCGCAUUUGUAAAUGGCAGAUUAUUAGUGUCUCUUAUUAGUAGUCAAACUGAUUAUGUAACGCUAAUUAUGUUAUCCAACGUUUGCAAGGAAAUCGAUAGCUGUCUUUUGCUUCAAUGUCCACGCCUAAUGAUCGUAGUUAUCAAAUACUUUGAACAACUAAUUACAAAAGCAUAAUAUAUAAAUUGAAGUUGUAUAUUAACAAAAAUAGCGAAUCUUUUUCUUUCUAUGUGUCGAUGAAUUGACGUCACAUAAAGAUAUUGUGAUUACCAAAUCUUGAUUGCUAGUUUCACGUUAACUGAUCAUAAAAAGCUGAUCGUUGACUGAUCAUUAAAGAUUAAAGAUUAGCACGUGUGAUGUAAUUUUAGUUUACAUGUCAAUUAAUAUCGCUGCUGUAUAAUUAUAUACGGCAGAUACAAAAGUUGGAGUACAAGUUAUUAACUAAUAAAAAUGUUUGUUAAAAGUGAUGAUUAUUCAAAGUCACAAAAAAAAUUUACUAUUAAAAUAUACAGGAAAUAGUAUAGUCAACCAUGUGUUCUGCGCAACUUACUGAUUGGAGAACAGUAUUUUCGAUCGUUCUCAUGAGUCGUGCAAGUCUCUUGUGUGCGUGGCUGUAUGAAUGAAAUUAUAGAUUGUGUAAAUGUCUAUAUGCAGUUAAAUGCGUAACCAAAUACAUAUGUUGUAUAUUCGUCUCGCGCUGGUCGACGCGGCGAUGUAUUACUCGUACCAAUAAAAAAUUCAAUAAAUGUGUUUAAUUAUGAAA